AUGAGUCACGAUUGUCACGAUAGCAAAAUGAGUCACGAUGCUCACGAUACCGGAAUUUUGGCUAGCGCUGGUCACGUCGCCCAGGAAAUCAAAGACGUAACUACCGAGAAGUUAUACAAUGCUGGAGCGGCUGUGAAGGACACCAUUGCAUCUGGUGUCGAAAAAGUUGCCGGCACCGCCCAGGAAAACUACGACGCAGCUGGUAGGAAGUUGGACCAAGCUGGUAACAAGUUGGAAGAGCAGAAGGACCACCUCGGUCGAAAAGGUCGACGAGGGUACGAUUUUUAA